AUGUCGACGAUGCCGAUGGGCCACUUCUUCCUCCGCGCCCUCCUAGCCAUCUGCGGCUUCUCAGCCAUGCUCACGGCCACAUCCGUCACAGGCGUCUCGGCGGGUGACUUUGCGAUGGUCGCGGGCUACACGGUCGGGAUGAUUGCCGUGGCCAUCGCGUUUUUGCUCGGCUUGCGGUCGUUUUCCCGCGUCGUGACGGCGCCAUGGAUGCUCAUUUCGCUCGACGCCGUUCUGGGCCUUCUCUCGCUCAUUGCCGGCAUCGUCCUUCUCACGUCGACACUGCUCACGGAGACGUGCUCGUUUCAAAAGUUCACGUCACGCAAGCUGCUCGACUGCACUGCGUUCUACGCCGCGAUCGGAUGCCUCCUCACCGCAGCCUUCUUGCACCUCGUGGCCAUCGGCUUGACGCUCGGCGGGAUCAUUUCUGUGCGGGAAUCGGACCCCGAGAUGGCUCAUACGCCCGUGAUGGCCCACGCUGACUACCCCCGCGACGCCUCGCCCGCCUAG